UAUGGAAGCGCUGGAGGCGACCUGGGGCUUGCUGCGCCUCUUGCUGGCCGUGGCCCUUCUGGCCUUCGGCCUCUAUUGCUGCUACCUCAAAUACGUCCACCUGAAAUACGAUUACAUCCCCAGCGCCCCAAGGGAAAGCUUUUUCUUUGGUCAUCUGCCAAUCAUUUGGAGAAUGCUUAAAAAUAAGGAACUGGUUCAUGAUCUCUUUCUGCAAUGGGCUGACGAGUAUGGACCAGUUAUUCGUUUGAAUUUCUUCCACAGAAUCACACUAUUGGUAUUAAGUCCUGAAGGAGUAAAGGAGUAUCUGACGUUGCCACAAUACCCAAAGGACCGAAUUGUGUAUGGUCGUCUUUACAAUAUGUUUGGUGUAAGAUUUUUAGGGAAUGGCUUGGUAACAGAUCGUGACUAUAACCACUGGCACAAGCAGCGGAAAAUCAUGGAUCCAGCUUUCAGCCGAAGUUACCUGAUUGGCUUGAUGGAAACCUUCAAUGACAAAGCAGAGGAACUUAUGAAGGUGUUGGAAGAGAAAGCUGAUGGAGAGACAGAAGUAGAUAUGAUGAACCUGCUGAGACGGGUGACUCUUGACAUCAUUGCAAAGGUGGCAUUUGGCUUGGAACUGAACACCCUCAACGAUGACCUGGCACCUUUUCCACAUGCUAUGUCUCUGAUCUCACAAGGAAUGACUGAGUCGCGCAAACCUUUUUUCAAGUACAUCCCAAGAAACAGAAAAGUGGUGAAAGAGAUUCAAGAAAAUGUGCAACUGUUACGUCGUACUGGGAAGGACUGUAUCGAGCGGAGGUGCAAGGCUAUUCAGAAUGGAGAGGAGACCCCCCUGGAUAUUCUCACGCAGAUCUUGAAGAAUGCAGCGCAAGAGGGGGAUUGCGAUUAUGAGAGCAUGCUGGACAACUUUGUCACCUUCUUCUUUGCCGGUCACGACACCACUGCAAGUCAGUUGGCUUUCUCAAUCAUGGAGCUGGGCCGGCAACCAGAAGUAAUGGCGAAACUUCUGGCUGAAGUGGAUGCGGUUGUUGGUGUAAAGAGAGAUAUUAGUUAUGAAGAUCUGGGGAACCUCCAGUACUUAUCGCAGGUCCUCAAAGAAGUCCUGCGAUUGUACCCACCAGUUCCAGGCACCAUACGCUGGACAGGAAAGGAAGGCGUCGUAGAAGGGGUCAGAAUUCCAGCAAAAACCACUGUAAUUUUCAACACAUAUAUCAUGGGACGCAUGGAAAGGUUUUUCAAGGACCCACUGAUUUUCGAUCCUGACCGAUUUGGCAAAGAUCAACCCAAGCCCUACUAUUCCUAUUUCCCAUUUUCCUUGGGGCCUCGUUCCUGCAUUGGGCAGAUAUUUUCACAGAUGGAGGCUAAAGUGGUGAUGGCCAAAUUUCUGCAGAGGUUUGAAUUCCAGCUGGUGCCCCCACAGAGCUUUAAAGUUAUGGACACGGGGACCUUCAGACCUUUAGAUGGCCUGGUCUGCAGAUUGAGACCACGCAACCCUCUCGCUUUUGAAGAUUAGGCAGAACAACCUCCGUUUGGUUGUGGAAUUGCUACUGGACCGUGGUGAAAUGCAUUUCAUAGAGGAAUCAGGAUUGAAACUUCUCAUUCUGGAGUUUGACCAAGGAUUUUACCGUCUGCCAUAUGCUUUAAAUUUUAAGGUGUACUGCAGUGUCGUCUCAAGCAGUCUUUUGGCAUACUAAAAGUCAGUGGGCUUAAAAGGGUGUAACUCUGCUCAGGAUUGUCCUGCAGGGUGGAAAGGGUUGACGUCACUGGAAAGAAUCAACAAAGUGGGUCCCAAGUGAUUCUGCAAAACUGCGUGUUGCUGAAAGACAGCUCUGAUUUGUUGUUCAGACCUGACUUUUCAUUUAGCCCUGUGUUAGAAUAAUCACAGAUGAGAGCCUGCAAGGACCUUUUCCCACUAUUUCCUCUUUCCCUUUCCUGACCGCCCUAUGGCUUCUCCACUUUUCCUGCUUCCUUCUCUCCUUCUAAGUUUGCUAAUCUCUUGGAAUCACAGUGGGUCACCUUCUGUCUUCUCAUGCAGCCUCUAGGACUGCAUUUACAAAGGCCAGGCACAAAACUUUUUUCCUCCUAGAGGGUUUCUUUCCCUCAGUUCCUUUUUUGCUGCCAUUCCUUUGCUGCCAGUUCCUUUCUACUGCAUUUGUCAUUAUUGUGGCUGGAAGAAGACUCCUUUUUGUCCAUCGAGGGCUCGUUUUGCUCUCCUUUGGGAGUCCAUUUCAAGAGGGUACAAGCUCCAUCUACCUGCCUGAGCUCUUCCUGUUUGUUGGGCUUGUCGUCCCUCGUCAUGGCAUCCAAGACACUGUUUGAGAAAUGUGGAACAAAAACUAUGCACAACGACAAGCUUGAAUUCUGCCUUCUGUGCUCAGGAGAAGCCCACAAUGCAUCCUAAUUAUCAUGGAUGUCAACAGGGCAGGCUUGGCAGGAUUCGAUACUCAGUUUACACAGCAAAUGCAUCCUAAACUUGUUCAAUUUUCCAGCGCUUUACCCCUAGGAGUUGGUCAGAUAAGGCUUCUUGGCUAUAAGCUGCACCUUGGGAGAAGGCUUUGUCCUCCUCGGUUCCUUCAAAGUGACUCCAAGUUUGGGCC